UUACCUAUUUGAUUUGGAGAAUAGUAAGUUCGAUUGUUAGUUUCAUCCAGACUGUUUUCCUGCGUGAAAAUUAUUAACUGAAUUGCUCUGACGGAGGACUUACGCCUGAACUUUGCUAAACUCGUACCUUUUUAACUGGCUAUUUUUGUAUGUUAUUUUUAUUUUCAUCACAGGCAGCCUCCCUUACUGGGCUGUUAAAAACCGCUCGUCUUCUCCGCCUUAUCAGAGUUUCUCGCAAAAUGGAUCGCUAUUCCGAGUACGGUAUAGCUGUCAUUUUCCUGCUGACGUCAAUUUUCACCCUUAUUGCUCAUUGGUUAGCUUGUAUCUGGCACGUGAUUGGUCAGCAGGAAAUCGAGUUAUCGUAUGGUUGGAUUCAAUCGCUCGCGCGCGAAGUGGACCAGCCAAUAAAUCAGUCAGAACCGGGCAGUGGACCGGGGUCUGGGACCCGGUACAUCACUGCUCUAUACUUUACCUUGACAAGCUUGACGAGUAUCGGGUUUGGUAACGUGGCUCCCAAUACUGACAACGAGAAAAUCUUCUCUGUUAUGACGAUGCUGAUAGGAGCAUUGUUUUACGCGGCCAUAUUUGGAAACCUGACGGCGAUCAUACAACGCCUGUAUUCCCGCACAGCCCGAUAUCACCGAGACUUGCGAGUAGUUAAGGAAUUUAUUGCACUGCAUAACAUACCAGAAUGUCUUCAGGGGACCCUACGAGAAUACUUCGCCCAGGAAAAGACCGCAGCCAAAGGGGACGACAUUGAAUCGAUCAUGUACCGCUUUCCAGAAUCUCUCCAAGCGGACAUCAGGGUUCAUCUGAAUCACAGCCUGUUUGAACAGUUUGAAAUUUUCCAAGGCGCGAGCCAGGGCAGUCUCCGUGCUCUUGCAACCGCUUUCCAUAUCGAGCUGUUUCCUCACAAGCACUUUCUGCUGAAAGAAGGAGACCAGGUUACCAAGCUUUACUUCAUAGUGACAGGAACUGUGGAUGUCACCAAGGGAGAUCAGAGUAUGGUGUAUCUGGGUCCAGGAGAUAUCGUUGGUUGCAACAUGACGUCACGUCGUAGCAGGCCUGAUAACCACUAUAAAUCACGAGCAAGCCUGCUCUCUAAGGUUAGUUCCCAGGUCCACAUCAUUGCUUGGCAGGAUCUUUUGCGAGUCAUGAGGGUGUACCCUGAGAUCAGGACGCGUAUCAUGGAACAAAUGGUGCUCGCGUUUGAACUAGACUCUAAUGAUAUGGUAAGUGAUCUGAGAAUAAAAAAGACGACUUGCAGUCUCAUCAUGGUUUGGAAUAACAUGAUGAUAGAGCGGUUUUCAUUUGAGUGUCGAAAAGUAAUUGUUUUGCACUUUCUACGCUUUGCGUUUGGUUUAAAAACUCGCUAUCUCUGUAAAAUGUUCGUUCUCGGCUAUCACCCGACCCACCACAAACUGCACACCAUGUGUUUUCUGUUUUCCUUACCACAGGAAGAUCAUGUGGUUAGGCAAGAAGAUCAACGAGCUUAUAUCGACAUGCUCCAAACAAUCACUGAAGAAGACAGUUUGUUAGUGACAGCUCCCCGCAGGCGAAGAAAUACGAAUGAAAACUUGCCUAGUGACCAGAAAAAUGCUUCAUUUUCGACAGAUGUGCACUUGGAAAAGAUGGAAAAGAGACUUGCACUGGUGGAGGGUUUACUAGGCAAGGUUCUCGAGUCAUUGAAGAAUACAAACAGUGGUUUGGCACCCAAAAAGACUAAAUCAACGAACGAUUUGGAAAUUGCCACCUCGUUUGUGUGAUUGACGGUUAUCGCCUUGACAGAAUUUGUAUUGUAAUAAUUAUCGCUUCGACAUAUAAUUUGUAUUAUAAUAAUUAUUGCCUUGAUAUAAUGAUAUAUUAUGAUAAUUAUUUAAGGUUUUUACUACUUUUCACUUUCUGUUAACGUUACGGAAUAUUUUCUGCAUGGAUUGCAUACAGUAAUGCUAUUGGUGGUUUUCGUCUAUUUUACAAAGACUAUUUCUUUUUUGGCAUAAAAACAUCGAAAAACUAGGUUUAUUAUCAGGUUAAUUUAUUAUCAGGCUGUAGAUCAGGAAAUAAUCAACAUUCUGUGUAAAUUACCCCUGGAAAGCGUUUUUCAAGACGCGAUAUUUCAAAAUUUGAGAAAAUUACAGUAGUUAGUCUACAGCCCACAUGCUGAUGUCCCUCCUUGUGAAACUAAUAGUAUGACGGCCAUAAAAUUGAAGCAAACGUAACGUUGAUUCUACGAGUAUUAAAUAAGCUUUUAAGAAAUUGCUUCCGAGUUAGAUUAUCAACUGAGUCUGAAAAACUGAAACGGUGAAUGAAAUAGGAAUAUCUAACACAUGUAAAUGUAGAUAAAUGUUUUCCACUUGGAGAGUUUAUGGAAAUAUUUCUUAGCUUUGUAGGAGUUUGGCGGAAACACAAGAAUUGUGAUGGUAUGUAAUGAAAAGAUAACAUGCUGAAACAACUUAUGUCUGAGGGUAGGUCGUAAGAUAUAACUUAUAUUUGAACUCUGUAGCGUUCUUUAAUAUCACUUAACUUGUAAGGUUUCGAAAAAACAACAGGACAACGAUAAAAGUAUACAAGAUGUAAAUCAGAUUUUGCUUCCAGUGGUGAAACAUUUUCCUUUGCCAUCACAUGUUAGUUGGAGGUAUGCCCUAUUACUGCUAUAUAAAGUACUAUCCCGGGAGAAAAUUACGGGGAAACCUCGCCUCUCAACCAGUUGGAGUGUGGAAACGGAGUACUGCCAUGGUUUUCCGAAGGCAUUGUCUGCGUGCAAAGCAGUCAACAUAAACAGUAACAGCUCUAAAUUGCGACGAUGGCCCUACCUUUGUCGAGCAGUUUGUUUAAAAGACCUCCACGAAGAUUCGAAAUCAAAAUUCUUUUCUCUUGUAGCUAGAAAUCCUAGCAGUAUCGUAGUAGAAGGUAAACACGAACAACCAAUGACUUUAACAUCAUUGUUUACAUUUGGAGUCGCACUUACAAAAAUUGAAAGCGAUGAAAAAUGUUAUACUCUGUGAUCAAGUUUGCCUUUCACCUAGUCAUUUGGAAAGCGUUUGUUUUCGAACCAGAUGGUCUUGUCUAGAGAUUUUACCAGUCGCAUUUGCGUAGUAUUAGAGAAUUAUCAGAUUUCACAAACAGAACAAAAUGCGGGAAUGCAAACAGAUAACAAUGUUUUGAUUAGAUUAAGCACGUUUUCGACUUUGAAAGACGAAAUAAUCUUUUUUGGCUCCAGAGAUCUUAUCCAUUUUAAAAACCGAUCCUCAAUGAGGUUUCUCUUGCCAGCAAAGUUCCUUGUGCCAUAGCUUGCCCUUAACGUCUCAGAACUUUGUAUCAAAUCCUGAUUUAUUGAGUCAGAUUCAAUAAACUAGAAGGAAAUUAAACGCACAGAAAAAGGCAAACAAUCAAAAACUAGUCGACCGUUCGUUCAUUAUUUAAAUAUUCAGCGUGGCUACACU